AUGGAUGCACUACAGACCGAGCUAUCAGAUGUGGUCUCUCGACUGGAACUGGAGCGCCGUAUCUGUGAUGGGGCACGCAAUAUGCUGCAAUUGCUGGACCAGAGCAGUGCGAAUGAGGCCAUGCGUCGCUCCAUUGAGCAUGAGCUAGCCCUGGCAGAAGAGCAUGUAAAGGCGUUGGAGACCAAGCAGUUUGAGCUAGAACAAGCGCGGCCGCCGCCCUCGAUCAUGCAGGUGCCCGCUGCGCCCAUGUCGUUCUUACAUCCACGUGCGAUUCGGCCUGUGCACAACCUCGAUGGCCUGGGGCCCAGUAGUCUCGAUUCGGGGCGAUCUUCUCCUACAGAGCCUCUGUAUUUGCCAGAAAGCCGCGCCUUCCCUUUGCCUGUGCCGGACCAUCACCGCGAUGUCCAUUUGGAGCGCUCUCGACAGCGUGUGUUGGCCCUGACCGAGGUCCUGCAUCGUAUGCUCGCCACGUCGCCGCCUUCCCAGGACUGGAGCGUGCUCUUCUCGCUGCUAUCGACCAUGCUACGUGAUUCUCCCACGUUGGCAUCCGAGCUAGAUACACACAGUUUGCUACAGAGCGCCCUCCAAGGCAUAGCACUCGGCCCGACGUCGUCGACGCGGGCGUAUGCGAUGCGGCUCCUUCGAUACCUGCUGCAGGACGACGUGCUGCCCAUGCUUCUUCCUCAUUCCUGUGUGCUUACUCUGUUCCUCUCGCGUGCGUUGCUGCGGGAGGACGACCUGGCGCUGGAGCGCGAGCAAGCGCUCAAACUCAUUCGUGCUUUGAUGGCCACGGCCCAGGACACGCCGAUGCAUGUCCUCAUCCCUGAGGGGCUUGUACGUACCAUGGCAGCCAUUGCGUUUGAGCCCAGUGAUCCGCUGUACCAUGCGUGUGUCGAGACGUUGGUCGAGUUGGCCUUGCUGGACCCGGCGCUCACCGCGCGGGCCGCUGGGUUCCCGCCCCUUUGGCAGGCGCUAAGCACGGCUCCGGCGCCUGUAGCGACGGCUCUCGUUGAGAAUAUCGUAGUGCUCCUUGAUCGCCCCGCGACGCGGCGCUACAUAAGUGCAGGCACUGAUUUGGAAGCUGCCUUGGCAGGGUUUACAAGCGUGCCUAUGCAUCGGACCUCGGACGAGCUGGCCUCGUUGCAAACGACACGGCAUGUCGUGGUGAGCCUGCUGCUCUCCUGGCAAGGACUGGUGUACCUGUGCAUGCAGGAGCAACGAGCGCUGCGUACGUUGUUCGCAGCGAUGUACAUGGACGACGUGGCGCUGCAAGUGGCCCUCCUGGAUACCCUGUCGGAUGUGAUGACUUAUGCGGAGCCUCUUCCUACGCUGCAUGAACGUUGGGCGCCAUACCCAGGCAUCCCGCUCUUUCGCCACUACAUGACCUUGGUCGUGUUGCUGUGCAUUGAAGCGGGCCUCUUGCCGGCGCUCGCGCAUUUGCUACAGCACGCCACGCCCAUGGUCUGCGCCAAGGCGAGUGCUUUCACAGGUCGUCUAUUGGCAUUGGUCCGUGAUAUGUGCCCCCACAAAAGUGCGGAAUGGCAUGCAUUCCCGGUGCUGGUGCAAUCGAUUUGUCGGCCAGCCUCGCCGCUGGACGGCAUGCGCGCGACCAAUGCCCUCACGGCCAUUGCCAAGGCGGAAGACGCCUACGUUCCCCAUGUAGCCCACUCGACCACGGCGCGGGUCUUGGUGGACGACCAUGUGUUUCGUGCGAUGCUACGUGACUCGAUGGUCACAGCGACGAAGGAGUAUACGCAGUGGCAUGUGCCUGUGAUACAUGAGCUAUUGCAGGGCCCUCUACGCGACCCACGCCGCUUGGAAGAGGCGUUGACGGGAUCAAAAUGGAUUCGCCGACUGCUGGCCCUCUUUCGUCCGCUCGGCCCACGCUUCGUGCUACUGCAGCCACGCGACGUAGGCACGGUAUGGAUCGAGGUGGGUGUGCAGCUCUUUCGUGUGCUGGUGUCGCAGGCCGAUGGCCUGCGGGUCUUGUCGGAAGACCGAUUCUUGUCGGAGCUGCAUGAUGUGCUCGACCAACUGGCCACGGGUCACUUACAUCCCGUUCUUUCUCACGCGCGGUGGCAGGAGACGGCCGUACGUGGCCUCUUUGCCCUGGUCCAAGUCCUGAGCGAGCAUACCUAUGGCGCAGAGCUCCUUGUCCAAGCGCAUGUAUACACGCCGCUACUUUCGCUGUGUGCGCGCGAUGAUGACGUGAGUGUGCAUAUAGUCGACCAGGCCCUGCAUGCCCUCGAUAUGUCACACGCGUCGAUCGCACGGACCCUGCUGGAGCAUGCGCUCACAGGCGGCUCGGAGGCGGUGCGAUGUAGGGCGACGUCCUGCGUCGCAGAGAGGCUAUGGAUUCACCAGGAGCCGCAGGGGUGGGCUGCCGCUCUGCUCUCGGCGCAGCUGUACGAUAUCGCGCCUGACGUGCGUACGUUGGCCAUGCAGCGGUUGCGCGAGGCGUGUGCGCAUCCCCUGAUGGUCGACUGCGUCAUGGCCCAAGGGCCGCCAUGGGAUCUGCUGGCGUCGGACGAUACAUUGGCCCUGCGCAGCUUGGGUGUCCGCGAUGGGUUUGUAGCGCUACGUCGUGCUGGAUGGCUCACAUCCAUCACGCAUGCAUGGCAGGCGCAUACGUGGUACACAUACGUAGCUGACGUCGAGUCGUGCCUCGCGCCAGCGCGACGAACAGCCGUGGUGCCGCCUCACUUGUACGGCCAGUUGGCCAAGACCGAGGAAGGGUGUGCCUACCUGGAAGAGCAGCAGAUUCUGCCUGGCUUGCUGGCCGUUUUGCAGGCACAUGCAACAGAAGCACACAAUGCUACGGCGCUCUUGCACGUCAAAGCGGUGCUUUGGGCAUGUGGGCAUAUAGGCGGCGCUUCCGAGCAGGGGAUGCACAUGCUUCAGGCGCAGGGAUGGACGCCGCUGUGGCAGCGGGCGCUGCAGUCGCCGGUCGUGUCGGUGCGUGGCACAUGCUUUUACGCGGCGGCCUUGCUGGCGGCUAGCGCAGCAGGACGUGCUGCCCUCGCCAAGACACAGUGGCUAGGCGACGUCGCAUGCCUACCGAAAGACGUGCUAUCGUUUGUGUUUCUCCCCGCUACGCCUACCGUAUCCAACGAUGCGUACGCGUCGCGCAUGGCGCCAGCAGACGACGAAGAGGAGGAGCAAGCAGCGACCAUGCUCUCGCGCCUAGGCAAUGGCAUCGUCGCCGGGUCAGCCUGGCGCGCUCUCCUACGGAUGCGGCAGCAGCGGCCAGCGCUGUUCACACGCAUGUCCCUGUUGGCCAGGGCCUUGCAUUUACUCGACCAUUUCGCCUUCCGACUCGCUGCUCGACGGCAUGUAUGGACCCUAUUUGAUGCCUAUCCUCUCACGCUCGACACGGCGUACGCCCUGCAGAAAUGGCGCGUGACGCAUGUGAAGCAAGCACCGGCUGUGCCAGCCCGUCGCGUCCCCGUGCAGGACGUAAGCGCGUCGAGCGUGGCAACACGGACACCGCAUCAGUACAGGGUACCGCCGUACAGGAUGCCCAAGGCAUCCACGUCGGAUGAUGACGGUGAACCUGACCGGACAACGACGGCUGAUGUACAUACCUCGCCGACGAAGCACACCACGACCACUGUGGCUGCUGCCAUGACCACAACACGCCCACACCGCGGCAGUGUGCAGCGACAUGCAUGGCCGUUGCAAGUCCAUGGCUUUGUAUAA